GCGAUCUUGGUGUUGACAGCAGGGUUCCCCAGGCUCCUGGGGACCCCUUACUGGUGACAUGCCGAGAACGCGGCGCUAGGACCCCCGGGCAGAGCCGGGGGGAAGUUAGACAAGGGGGAAAUGCCUUACAAGGUUCCCUCCCUUCCCCCCGCGGUCACAAUCUGAGCCCGCUGCCCAAAAUAGCCCUUGGCAUGAGUUGGCCUGUUGCACGGCCUGGAGAUGGCUGCUCCCUCUGACCAUGUAGGACUGGGUGGCCCACGGAGCCCUGCGCACCCAGAGCCCCCUCCCACCCGCUUCCACCAAGUGCAUGGAGCCAACAUCCGCAUGGACCCGUCAGGAACGCGAGCCACACGCGUGGAGAGUUUCGCCCACGGUGUGUGCUUCAGUCGCGAGCCCCUGGCCCCCGGCCAGGUAUUUCUAGUGGAGAUAGAGGAAAAAGAGCUGGGCUGGUGCGGGCACCUACGUCUUGGCCUGACCGCUCUGGACCCGGCCAGUCUGGCCACUGUACCCGAGUUUUCACUGCCUGAUUUGGUCAGCCUUGGCCACAGUUGGGUCUUCGCUAUCACACGCCACCACAACCGUGUGCCCCAGGAAGGUCAACCAGAAGCAGAGGCAGCGGUCUCCAGUGGUCCCCAAGCCCUACUGGUUGAACCCUAUCUGCGCAUCGAGCAGUUCCGAAUCCCCCGGGACCGGCUGGUGGGCCGCAGCCGGCCAGGGCUUUAUAGCCACCUCUUAGAUCAGCUCUAUGAACAAAACGUGCUGCCUCCUACAGCGCGCCGUAGCCGCUUGGGUGUUCUCUUCUGCCCCCAUGAGGAUGGGACCGCUGACAUGCACAUCAUCAUCAACGGGGAGGACAUGGGUCCUAGCGCCCGGGGGCUGCCAGCUGCUCAGCCCCUCUACGCUGUGGUAGAUGUAUUUGCUUCCACCAAGACCGUGCGCCUGGUCCAGCUGGAGUAUGGCUUGCCGUCUCUGCAGACUCUGUGCCGACUAGUGAUCCAGAAGAGCGUGGUACACAGGUUGGCCAUUGAUGGGCUCCACCUGCCCAAAGGACUGAAAGACUUCUGCAAGUACGAAUGAACAAGCGCCUGCCUGUGGCCACCAGAGCAAAGUCCUGGUGGUGCGCCCUGCCUCCAGAGCAGUGGCUAGUCUGAAGCUGGCCGCACAGCUCACAAUCAGGGCUGGAAAUAAAUAGAGCCAAUGUGGA